GUGUUGGUAUUUAAACCAGACUGCAGCUCCCUGACUGAGACCCCCUCCGCGCGGCAGAUUAUCGGACCGAACCAUUGCUGCUGCGGUCCAGGUUUGAGCACCUGUCACAUGAGGCUCUGCCUCCGCAGAUCGCCCACUCUCGCCGCGGCCGAGGGAGUCGAGCCGAGUUCCCGUGCGGCCGUGCAUCGGACGGCUCCGUCCCCGCAGACGCCGCCGCGGAGCAGCCCCCGGUGCGAUGAGCUGCCAAACCGCACCGCCACCCCUAUUGUGCGCCUGGCAGCAUCACCCGCCGCCUGCAAUGGCGUUGGAGCGGCUCUAGUGUGUCCGAGCGUCGCUGUGGCGGUGGAGGAUCCGUCCCGGACUAUUCGCCGGCAAGCCGAGAUGAAUUGCUGUUUUUUGACAGCUUUUUGAUUUGCGACGAGAGCACCCGCCUCAAGUUUACCCCCCUUCUCCGGAUUACAGUUUAUUUAUACCGCGCGUCCGAACGGAGCCGGAGCCAUGAAUGUGUGAAUGGGUUUGAAGGAAAUAUAACUUCAGCGGGGUCAAACUGAGCAGUGAAUCUCACUCGACUCCUCACUCCUACGCGCUAAUGAGGCCAGGGCAAUGCUGACAUCUCCUCUGAAUCCAAAGACAUCAUCAUGCUGAAGACGGAGGCCUCGGGGGAGAGGACCAGCCUCCGGAGUGCCUCCCCCCACCGUAAUGCCUACCGGGCAGAGUUUCAGGCGCUUAAGAAGGCCUUUGACCAGCCUCGGAUUGAUGGGGACUCAAAGCCCAAAGACCUCGAUCGGGUUAAACAACCGAGGGGCCGGCAGUAUGGCACCCACGUCAGCCGCAUUAAGGACAUGUUCAUGCAAAUGGGCACAGAAAACGCAACAGCCAAGACCAAGGUCCAAGAUGAUUCAUCCCCACAAAAGCUGGUGAAGCCCACCAACUUCAUCAACAAGGCUGAUGGGUCGGUGAUUAAACUGCAGCACUCGUCGUCAGCUGAAAGAAUCGGCGGCGCCGGAGCGAAGUUCUCUGAAACCAGGAAGCUUUUCGAACAGCAGUCACGUGAUCAAUCCCAAUCGCCGGUCUUUCCCUACGGGCGCGACAAAAGGGGUUCCCACGAGCACCUGGACGACUGGCGAGGGGCGAGGUCCAACCGAGGCAGCACGGACUCCUUAGACUCACUGUGCUCCAGGACAGAAGCGUCUUCGCCGACCGUCAGUCAGCUCAGUGCCGUUUUUGAAAACGCCGACCACAACAACCAGAGCGUUACCUACAGAGGAGUCAGCAGGCGAGCCCUCUACUCGCCCGAUGGAUUCCACCGCCCUGGAGGCGACGUCAGCGAGGACGAUUCGCGACAGUCUCCAGUUCGUGGAACCUACCGGAAUAAGAUAGGCGGCAAGUUACCCUCAUCUUUGUCUUCCGAGGAUCUGCUGACCCCUAGUCCUGGGGUGGAGACGUCAGAGGCGAAACGAGAGGCUCCGAAGGAGGAAGAAUCGCGAGACAAGGCGAGCAAUUCUACAGGGGAAGGCAGACGCCAUUUGUCUGGUGCCACCACCAAUGGAAACCAGGUUAAUGGUUCAUGUGAGGAAGAGGAAAAAAUCCCAGACACAAGAAAAGUUACAGAGAAUCCAGUCGACUCCAAAACCUCAAAACCCACUAAUGGUGCUGUGAUUAACAACAAAGCUUCUGAAAAUGCUGCUACUCAUCCACUGCCCCCAACUACAACGACAAGAGAAAUCCAAGCGGAUGGGGACGCUUCAAAAGAAGACAAGAGCCCCAAGUCUCCCAAGGACCAGAUGGAGGAGCCUGACGAGGAAUACACUGGGAAUGAACGGGUGAUUUUUAAUGCCGACGGCGACGCCUGUUACCAGGGUUGGGGCGAAAGCUGCACGGAUCCAGAAGACGACCUCUACGGUGACGAUGAGGAUAUUGUCUAUGACCCGGGCUGCGAUCUGACUGAGAUUCCUGGUCUGCCGGAAGAGAACAAAGAGGAAAUCCCGCCAAAGAGGAAGAUUCGCUUCAGCACUGCUCCCAUUACAGUGUUCAACACAUAUUCCAAUGAGGAUUACGACCGGCGCAAUGAGGAGGUGGAUCCUGUGGCUUCCUCCGCUGAGUACGAACUGGAGAAGAGGGUGGAGAAACUGGAACUCUUCCCAGUGGAGCUGGAGAAAGACGAGGACGGCCUGGGGAUCAGUAUUAUAGGGAUGGGCGUCGGUGCGGACGCCGGCCUGGAAAAACUGGGCAUCUUCGUCAAGACCGUCAUCGAGGGUGGCGCCGCCGAGAGAGACAGCAGGAUUAAGGUGAACGACCAGAUCGUGGAGGUGGACGGGACGAGCCUGGUGGGCGUGACCCAGAGCUUUGCUGCCUCCGUCCUGAGGAACACGUCUGGAGUCGUCCGGUUUGUUAUCGGCCGAGAGCGCCCGGGCCAGCAGAGCGAGGUGGCCACGCUCAUCCAGCAGACCCUGGAGCAGGAGAGGCGGCAGAGAGAGCUGCUGGAGCAGCAGUACGCCCAGUACGACGCCGACGACGACGAGCAGACCGGGGAAUACGCCACCGACGACGAGGAGACGGGAACGACGGUGGCGGGCGGAGACAAGAGCAUCGAGGUGUUCGACCUGCCGGAGAACGAGGACAUCCUGUCCCCGUCGGAGCUGGACGCCACCAAGCUCUACCAGAAGUUCAGAGAGCUCCAGAUCAAACACACAGUGACCGAGGCCGAGAUCCAGAAGCUCAAAAACAAGUUGGCUUCAGUGGAGAGGGAAAAGCAGCGCUGGGAGAAGGAGAAGAGCCAGCUGAAAGCCAGCAUCGAAGAGAACAAGGAGAGGAUGCUGAAGCUGGAGAGCUACUGGAUCGAGGCGCAGACGCUCUGCCACACUGUCAACGAGCACCUGAAGGAGGCCCAGGCCCAGUACCAGGCUCUGGAGAAGAAAUACAACAAAGCCAAGAAGCUCAUCAAGGACUUCCAGCAGAAAGAGGUGGAGUUCAUCCAGAAGGAGGAUGCAGAGAGGAGGCGGCUGGAGGAGGCGGAGAAAGCUCACCUGGCUGAGAUCCAGGGACUGCAAGUCAGGAUUGCGACGCUGGAGUCGGAGCUGAUGCAGCUGAUGAAGCAGAACGGCAUCCAGGUCAACAACAACAACAACAGCAGCAACAGUUCGGAGCGGUUCGGCGCUCAGCAGCAGAGUCCCAGCAGGGCGACCGCACAGUGCAGAGACCUGAGGGACUGCUCACCCAGUAAAAAGAAAAGCUACAGAGGAGUCGCCCGAGACAGCAUCAGCUCCACGGAGGGAGAGGUAUCUGAAGGACAGGCCAGCCCCGCCCACAGUCGCUCUGGUUCAGUUCGUAUUGGAGAUGGAGGAGCGUCGGUCCUCAGGGGUCCCGGCAGUGCAGAGGGGUCGCCCAGAAGAGUGCUGCAUGGUUCUCAGUCUCCUGCCAAGUCGAGCCCCUCACACAGCCGAGAGGAGCACAGGCGAGCUCUGGACCCCGGGUCGCCGCUCAGAAAGGCACAAGUGAAAGAUCCCCGAGCCUCACCUGGAAACAGCUCCAUCGAGCCGUCGGCAGAGGAAAGCCCCGAGAGGCUCAAGGCCAAGGGCCCCACUUUGAACGACGAUCUGAGCGCCAGCAGCAGCAGUUCGGUGGAAAUCAGCGGCCUGCUCAGCGAGGCCAAGCUGUCCGGACGCUCACACACCCUGAUGCUCUCCUCAGACGAGAGUCUGGAUAUGAUAGACGACGAGAUCUUGGACGAGGCGCAGUUUUCGAAGCAGCACCAGUGGCAGAACUGCAGCGUGACGGAGUGGAGCCCUCCACAGGUGGCCCGCUGGCUCAUGGGCCUCAACUUGGAACACCACAUCCCAGAAUUCACUGCCAAAAACAUAGAUGGAGAGCAGCUGCUUCAGCUGGACAGCACCGACCUCAAGGCCCUCGGAGUCUCUUCAUCCCAGGAUCGUGCCGUGAUCAAGAAAAAGAUCAAAGACCUUAAAGUUCUGAUGGAGAAAGCCAGAAGGAACCAAGAGAAAGUAGAGAAACAGCGCGAGAAGCUACGAAAACGAGAGCUGGAGCAGCAGAAGGACGCAGCAGAGUGAUUCUUUACCUCCUGCUAUACUGUAGCGCCGCACCAAGUAGCAUCUUGCAGAGGAGAACAUCGGUAGGGCCCCAUGAAUCCGCCCUGAGGGACGCCUGCUCAGCGGAACGCCACGCCCAGAUCUGAGGUCGUUGAGCGACUUUCUCACCAAGCAAACGAAACCAAAACGUGCAGUUGGAUGACAGGAAGAUGCCCGACCUUUGCCUCGUUUUACACCCAUCCUGUUUUUAGCCAUUUGAGAAGUGACUGGGUUCUAUUUAUUUUGCUGUUUAUAGCUGUACAUUGGGUUUAUUUAUUCGUAUGCAGAUCAGGUCUGUACAGAGUUCAUCUCGUGUUUCCCCUGUAUCGCCUACAGAGCCAUCUGUCACCCGCCCGGAGAGAUGCAGACCACCCACAUGUACAGUGAUAAAUGCUAAGACAAUAAUGUCUGAUGUGCCAUGUCAACAGACUGAUGUAAAUCCUGUUCAAAUGCAUAGAUCAGUGGACACCGCUGCUCUGAAGAGAGGUGGAACUUACAAGGAAAUGCUCAUCUCCUACCACUAAGUGUCGCCAUGCUGCUUCCUUUCACCACUGAAGAGGGCAGCACUGAACAUUUCCACAGGAACUGAACUGAGAACCAGGGUUCAGUGGGAGAACGAAGCCCCUCUCUGUACUUGCAGAAACACUGGAAGUGCAAACACUGUAAAUCUGGUUUCCUCGGCGCUCCUCCCGUCAGACAUAUACCAUACCGACGUAGUUCUCAAAGUAUCAACGGCAAAAAAAAGACAUACAUACUGAACUCAACGGACUCGUUCGACUAGAGACUUCAGGUACUGUGUCAUCAUCCAGUUUGUAACUAACCGAACCUAUUCCACACAAAAAACAACACGGAUGAACUGAAGAUUCCAGCUUAUAUGCAUAAUGUUGCUUUAACUCUGCUUGUAUCCUGCUUUUGACCUCUUUUUAUAUUCUCUCUGUAACAAAGUAAUAGCCCGCUGCUGCCUUUAGGAACUCUAGAGUAGGAGGAUUUUCUUUUUUUUCUAAACUCUUCCCGCUUCUGUGUGAGCAUCGAACAUACAGCAGAACGAGUCACAAAAUUUCCUUUUGGAAGUCAUUCCUAUUAUUUCACACGUCAGACUUUACCAUACAAUAUCUCUCUGGAAUAUUUCCAAUAAUUUUUUUAGGAAUGCUGCCAUAUGUGAGCGAAGAGAGACGCAGCGAGUGCAGGAGCUGCCUUGUAAAGACUACUGUAACCAGUACUUAUAGUUUAAUGUUACACUGGAAGUUGCGCCUGACAGAUGCAACGAAAUUCUAAUUUUAUUCUGGAAUCAGUUUGAGUUAAGACUCAGAGCGUUUUAAUUUUACUUGUUAGAUACUAUUUUCUGAUAAAUGUUCUUUAUGUAAACAGAUUUUGUUUUAGGAUUUUGAAGCUGACUUGAGAGACGUGUCGCCUGUGUUCAUCAUUCCCAGGAAUCGUUCUGUAGAUUUACAGGAAAUAGAGAAAUGUGAUAGAAAACGACGGCUUCUUUGGCAAUGAUUUUCCUUUUUGUCUUAAAAAAAAAACCCUGCCUGGUGUGUCGUUCACAACUUUAUU